AUGAAGCUUCUCUCCGCUCUUACUCUUUCGGCAACUAGCCUGGCUGUUGGCACGCUCGCGGCGCCGGCUCCUGAACCGGCUACAAUUGGAGCAACCGUGAAGCCAUACCGCAUGUUGUGUGCUGGUUUCAACGCGGGAAGCUUCCUGACUUCCGGCGAUAUUAGGUGGGCUAUGGAACACAGAAGAGAUGAGCUAGACCUUAAGGCAGGGUGGUGGGAUGUGAAGGAUCUCAAAUGCACCGCCACUUAUAAUCUGCACACCCCGCAAGACGCGGUUGCUUUCACGUACAACCACCUGCGCAACAACAACGCUAUGACAACCAUGAAAUACCAGCAAAAGGUUUUAUGCGGUCCCAUGAGCGGGUGGAAGUUGGACUGCCAUUAA